UUACAAAAGAAUAUGACCAGUAUAGCAGCAAUAGGCCAAGGCUUUGUUACUGCAGAUAUAAAUACAAUAACAUCAAGAGACUUGAUGACAAUGACUACCACGCAAGCGUUCCCGGACCCCUCGGAAGAUCUAUUUUGGCAAAAAGCUACAAACAUCAUCGAGGACGCUCAUGAGCUUGACGAAGUGUGGAAUCCCGAAAAACAACUGCAGCAACGAACCUCUAAUUUAGUUAAAACUAAAAGUAUAUAUGAGAAUAAAAAGAAAGAGAAAGAAGAA